CGGCCGAACUACUGAACUUAAAUUCAUCUGACCGUUUGCGCUUCGGUGCCUAGCGACCAGCAAACCACUACACAAAGCAACGAGAUUGUGAGCCGGCUACACUUUUUCUUGCAAACCGAAAAAAAAAAAAUAAACCAACAACCCUUAGUCAGAUAACGACUCCGCGCAAAACUUUUUGAUCAAAUCGGCGAACAUUGUGCUUCGAGUUGAAUCUAACGAUCGCAAAAUGGCGUCCAAAGUUUUCUCCGCCUUCUUCCUCCUGAGCACCUUCGGAGAUGUGUCAGCUUUUUGGCGCAUGGAGUGCCAUGGCCGCACAGGUCUAGCUCGUAUUGAUCCGAUUAUGGAUGCUGGUGUGCUAUCUUCUCAUAUCCAUACCGCCCACGGCUCUUCUGGUUUUGGGCUCAGCGCUACUUACGAUGAUCUUAUUCAGGCGAACUGCAGCUCGUGUGCCGUGAAGCAAGACAAGUCGGCAUAUUGGACCCCUGCGCUCUACUUCCAAGACAACGAGACCAACACAUUUGAGAUCGUUCCUCAGGUUGGAGGGAUGCUUGCAUACUAUCUUCUGCGAGGAGAUAACGUUACGGCAUUCCCAGCCGGAUUCCAGAUGAUCGCUGGAAGCAACUAUCGACGAGACUAUACUGUCGGUGAUCCACUGUCGCCUGACCCUCCUCAGUCUGAUUGGGCUGCUCUCAAGCAAACCAGCCAGAGCGACCUCGAGCAACGUGCAAUCGGGUACAACUGCAUGAACUACCAGAAGGCGGCCGAAGGUUCGCUGCAACGUCAUUUCUUGCCUGACAAGGAUUGGCUCGACGCAAACUGCCCUGAUGGCCUCCGCAUCGAAUUGAUGUUCCCAUCAUGCUGGAACGGUAGUAUCACAGCUACGGACCACAAGAGCCAUAUGGCGUAUCCCAACUUGGUUGGAAAUGGUGACUGCCCCGACACCCAUCCGAAGCGAUUAGUUACUCUAUUCUACGAGACUAUCUGGGAUACCGGCAACAAACAAUUCAAGGGCCGCACAGGAGAAUUUGUCGUUUCCAAUGGUGACCCAACUGGAUUUGGCUAUCAUGGCGAUUUUAUGACUGGCUGGGACGUUGACUUCUUGCAGGAAGCUGUUGACACCUGCACGAACGCAUCCGGCAACAUUCGGGACUGCGAUCUCUUUGUUAACAACGGGCCUCUCCAGACUGACGAUGAACAAAAUUCUUGUAAAUUCGAUGUUCCGUCGAUACUAGCCCUGGAAGAUGGUUCUGCUAGCAACCUUACAAGCCUCCCUGGUAAUGUCCAGAUUCAGGCCGGUCCACAGUCUGCCACCCCUGGUACCGGCGAUGCUAACCCUAUCAUUUCCGCCGCCACCAGCAUACUUGGCGGGUUAUUCGGUGGUGGUGCCUCGUCGUCCGCUACGUCCUCUAGCAUCCCAGCUGUUACAUCGUCUAGUGCAUCUCCGGCAAGCACAAGCUCAAUUGCCCCUGUCCAAUCGGUUCCGGUAUCUCAGAAUUUCGGUGCCCUUGCAGUGCCACCAACGACUACUCCUGCCCCAGCAGUUACUUCAGACCCUGGCGUCUCGUACGAAGUGGUCAGCACGCAGACCAUUACGCGCGGUUCCCAGGUUGAAGUUGUAAUCUGGAAGGAGCCCGUUGUAUAUGUAACGGAGGAGUCCGUCACGACUGUAACAGUCGAGCCGCCCGCGGUAAAGCCACGAAGAUUCUAUGGUAGACAUGCAUUGCAGCACGGACACCAUGCUCGGAGGACUUAAAGGAUCAACAAAGCUACGCGUUCUUUUAUAUUCGUUUCGGUGGAAAUACUUGCUCGCCAAUAUGGACCGGCGAUGAAUUUUUGCAUCAUGUUUCAGGGUCUGAUCCGAUUUCACCCAGAGACUUUUUUUUUAAAAAGAAAACACGUUGUGGAGGCUCCUUGUGGAAAAGCAGCACAUAUGCGAUGAGUUAGAACGGAAGGCAUUAACGCAAAUACGAUUGCAUUAAAUUUCACCACCCGAUGCAUACUUGAUGCCUGACUGAAAAGUGAUAUUGCAUAUGGGGUUCAUAUUUCGGCGUUCAGUGACCCGACUGUAGGGGCAGUGGGUCUAAAUGGUCUGAUUUGAAGCA